CAGGCAGUCCCUGAGGUCAGGAGAGGCAGAUCCUGCGGUGCAAGCCUGUGCAGCUGUUCUGCUUCUAGUUCUGCUGUCUGAGAUGUGGGCAAGAAUAACCAUAAACUGGCUGACAUAAUCGCCCUCUGGAAGAUCUGGAAAAUAUACAAAAACUACUCAUCUGAUAUGACACAGAAGAUGAAAUAAGCCAAAAUUUCCUGGUCAAGCAUCUACUUAUCUCACAGCCAUGACUGCUAUCCCACAAUUCAUCUUCCCUGCGCCAUCUUUGUAUUAUUUCUAAUUUAUUUUGGAUGUCAAAAGACAUUGAUGAAGAUAUUUUCUCUGGAGUCUCCUUCCUCUCUAACCCGUCUCUCCCGAUGUGAACCGAGCGACUCACAAGCCACCGAAGCCACCAACCCACCAUGUCGCGCCGCAAGCAAGGCAAACCCCAGCACUUAAGCAAACGGGAAUUUUCACCCGAACCUCUUGAAGCCAUUCUCACUGAUGACGAACCUGAACAUGGCACAUUGGGAGCUCCGGAAGGGGACCACGACCUCCUCACUUGUGGCCAGUGUCAGAUGAACUUCCCGUUGGGGGACAUUCUUAUUUUUAUUGAGCACAAACGGAAACAAUGCAAUGGCAGUCUCUGCUUAGAGAAGGCUGUGGAUAAGCCACCUUCACCCUCACCAAGUGAGCUGAAAAAAGCAUCCAAUCCUGUGGAGGUUGGCAUCCAGGUUACGCCAGAGGAUGACGAUUGUUUAUCAACGUCAUCUAGAGGAAUUUGCCCUAAACAGGAACAUAUAGCAGGUAAAGACGAGCCCAGCAGCUACACGUGUACGACUUGUAAACAGCCUUUCAACAGCGCCUGGUUCCUCUUGCAGCACGCACAGAACACGCACGGCUUACGGAUCUACCUAGAAAGCGAGCACGGCAGCCCCCUGACGCCACGGGUUGGUAUCCCAACAGGACUAGGUGCAGAGUGCCCUUCCCAGCCACCUCUCCACGGGAUUCACAUUGCAGACAAUAACCCUUUUAACCUGCUCAGAAUACCCGGCUCGGUCUCGAGGGAGGCGUCGGGGCUGGGAGAAGGGCGUUUCCCACCCACGCCGCCCCUCUUUAGCCCUCCCCCGAGGCACCAUUUGGAUCCGCAUCGCAUUGAGCGCCUGGGUGCGGAAGAAAUGGCUCUGGCCACCCAUCACCCUAGUGCCUUUGACAGGGUGCUGCGACUGAACCCCAUGGCGAUGGAGCCCCCCGCUAUGGAUUUCUCCCGGAGGCUGCGGGAGCUGGCCGGCAACACCUCCAGCCCGCCCUUGUCCCCGAGCCGGCCCAGCCCUAUGCAAAGGUUGCUGCAGCCCUUCCAGCCCGGCAGCAAGCCCCCGUUCCUGGCCACGCCACCCCUUCCUCCUCUGCAGUCCGCUCCUCCUCCCUCCCAGCCGCCCAUGAAGUCCAAGUCCUGCGAGUUCUGCGGGAAGACCUUCAAGUUUCAGAGCAACCUGGUGGUCCACCGCCGGAGCCACACCGGGGAGAAGCCCUACAAGUGCAACCUCUGCGACCACGCCUGCACGCAGGCCAGCAAGCUGAAGCGCCACAUGAAGACCCACAUGCACAAGUCCUCCCCCAUGACGGUGAAGUCGGAUGACGGGCUCUCCACCGCCAGCUCCCCUGAGCCGGGCACCAGCGACCUGGUGGGCAGCGCCAGCAGCGCCCUCAAGUCCGUGGUGGCCAAGUUCAAGAGCGAGAACGACCCCAACAUGAUCCCCGAGAAUGGGGACGAGGAAGAGGAGGAAGAGGAGGAGGAGGAGGAGGAGGAGGAGGAGGAAGAGGAGGAGGACUUGAACGAGAGCGACAGGCCGGACUACGGCUUCGGGAUGAGCCUGGAGGCGGCCCGCCACCACGAGAACAACUCGCGGGCCGGCGAGGAGGGCCGGUCGAUGCCGGACGUCAUGCAGGGCAUGGUCCUGAGCUCCAUGCAGCACUUCAGCGAGGCCUUCCACCAGGUCCUGGGGGAGAAACACAAGCGGGGCCACCUCCCCGAGCCCGAGGCGCACAGGGACACUUGCGACGAAGACUCGGUGGCCGGCGAGUCUGACCGCAUCGACGAGGGGGCGGUCAACGGCCGGGGCUGCUCCCCGGGGGAGUCCGCCUCGGGAGGCCUGUCCAAAAAGCUGCUGCUGGGUAGCCCCAGCUCCCUGAGCCCCUUCUCCAAACGCAUCAAGCUGGAGAAGGAGUUCGACCUGCCGGCCGCCGCCAUGCCCAACACCGAGAACGUUUACUCCCAGUGGCUGGCGGGCUACGCCGCCUCCCGGCAGCUGAAGGACCCCUUCCUCAGCUUCGGCGACUCCCGACAAUCGCCCUUCGCCUCCUCCUCCGAGCACUCCUCGGAGAACGGCAGCCUGCGCUUCUCCACGCCGCCGGGCGAGCUGGACGGAGGGAUCUCAGGCCGCAGCGGCACGGGAAGCGGAGGGAGCACCCCCCAUAUUAGUGGCCCGGGCCCUGGCAGGCCCAGCUCAAAAGAGGGCAGACGCAGCGACACUUGUGAGUACUGUGGGAAGGUCUUCAAGAACUGUAGUAAUCUCACCGUCCACAGACGGAGCCACACGGGCGAGAGGCCGUAUAAGUGUGAGCUUUGCAACUACGCCUGCGCCCAGAGUAGCAAGCUCACCCGGCACAUGAAAACACACGGGCAGGUUCGGCGUACCCCCCCAGCUGGCGCAGCGCCCAGGGAGCCCCGGACGUCUGGCAGUUUUCGGAUGGAAGUUCAAGAGCACUUAAAUUCUGAAAGGAGGUGAAGCUGGGGCGAGCGGCCGGCGGCGUCUCGGCGUCUGGAGGUGGCCUCUGUCCUGCUGGCUCGCCGCGUCCCCGGGAGAGCCUGAGAAGUCACCCGCCGAAGGCAGCGCUCCCCGGGCUCCUCCUGCCUGCAAGACUAUCGUAUUUAUAUUUUGUAAUAGAGUACAACACUUCUUUGGGGUUGGGGUUUUUUUUUUGUUUGUCUCUUUCUUUUUUUAUUUUCUAAAAACAAAAAAAGCGAACCCACCCACCAAGGUCAAGGGCUUAUCGAUGGCUUCGACGGGCUCCUUUCCCCGCGAAAAAGACUGUCUUGCUCUUGUGGACAACCCGGCCUGUUGGUUAUCUCCAUGACGUGCCAUUUCUUGGAAGUCGCAUCUGAUGUGACGAAUUAAAAAUAAAACAAAACACAGUGUAGGUCUGUGGGUGGGUGGGAAAUUGCCAUAAUAAAUGUUGGAGCUUUAGGUUUUGUUUGCUCUGUCUUUAAUUUUUAAUGCUAACAAGGGCCAGGCAGCUGGUAUGACUUUGUAUUACCGUAUCGGCUGCAGAAAACCACGUGCUGAGUUUACAAAGAGAAAGCCGGGGCUGGUGUCCGCAUGAGGGGCUGCACAGUCCCAGCGGGCAGACAUUUCCCGCAGAGCUAGACCAGGCGUCGGGCUUACGGCCAUGACACCCCAAGUCGUGGGGAAGCCCCGUUGGCGUUAGGUGAUUCUGAAGUGGGGGGGUCUCCCAGCUCUCCUCCAUCGCCUGUCUCCUCUUGAUGAAUGCCGGCUGUCGAUUACAUUUCUGCUGUUAAACUACGUACUCGUGGGGCUGGUGGGAUCCGUAACGUCCCUUAGUGUCUGUCCGAGGAGAAGCCAGUGGGUUUCGGGAGGAGCGAUAGCCUUGCUACGGAGAUGCUGUCAGUACCAGGGGAUGCAGAGCCCUGCCCUGAGCCGGGGUACCGGGGGGGAGCUGCUAUCAGGUUGGCGUCCCGCUGUCUCCCGCCGAGCGCUCCGGCCCUCGCACAGCUUUCCCCCUUGCCAGUGAUAUUCGUCCCUUGCUCAAAGAUGAGCACCCGCCCAAGGAGUUCGCUGGUUCGGGGCCCAAGCGCUUUGCUGAACAGAAGAUGGGUUAAGUGCGUGCUUGUGUGCUGUCUCCGAUGGGAUUUAUAGGCUGUAGCUACUCAUGCCUGUGCCGGCGAGUGGGAAUGGACCUUAUUUGGUGAAAGAAACCAGCUGGGGAGCAAGCGGAAUUGCUGGCCGGCCAUGUCAGGCUGCCAGGACACCCGCUGCCGGUCGCAGCAUGACGGAGCCGAGCUGCGGGGCAGGGGCCAGCUGAUUUAUUUGCUUUGUGUAUCAGCUUCAAUCUCACUUCUGGUUUUAUUCAUCUCCUUUCUUAACAUCUGAGCGAGACACCCAGCUGGGGUGACUCACUCCCGGCAAAAUGGCCACAGGGAAAAUGACGUUGCCUUUUUGAUAGGUGGUGGUUGCUCUUUUGUUUUUUAAAAACCCAGGCUGUAGUUCUCACGUGGGCCAGGGCAUAGCACAAGCACAGACACUUUUGUAUCUUAAAGCUUGGCAAGUGGCCGGGGCGGGCGGCAGAAGCAUCUCCGCACACGGCUGUAGGGUCAAGCCAGGAGCCUGGGGGGACUUGGUGCAUAGGUGUGGGUUGACCCAAAGGGAGCUCUUGCUGUUUCUUUUAAGGCAAUUUGGUCUUUGAGGUCCAAUUACCCGAAAGGCUGCACACACCCUAAGCUUUUUUUAUCAUUAGGAGAUGUUUUUAAAGGUUCUCCUAUCCCAGCCUCUACCUCUGUGCUACCGCCUCUAUGUCUGCUUAUAAGGGUUUUUUGAGCCUUGGAAGGGGGAAUCCUGUUGCAUUAAGCAUCCUAUUGAUUGCAAACACACCAUCGGUAAGAAGUUAGCGGCUCCCAUUAGCUGCUGGCACCCCCGCUCCUGCCCUGGGAUAUCUCUACACCAGGCAGCUGCAUCAGAUCAGGGCUAACAGAGUUGUUAAUUGCAAAGGGGGUUGCUCUGCUCUCUCCUCCAGAUUGCAAACCAGGGAUCACCUGGUAUGUAUCUACAGCAGGCCUGCAAUGCUUAUAAUAAAGGGCAGCUGGGAAGCUGCUUUAUAAUGUUUUUCGGUGUGCUGGCUAGCCUUGAGGGUGUCUUUACCCUUAUUUUGUCUGAGCGCAGGCAAAGCUCGGUUCAUGGAUGGCUUCUGGGGUAGUUGGUUGUGCUUUGGAUGCUCUGCCUGGUGGAAUAAGUGUGAUGCACUCUGCUUUCUCUCUGCCUCCAGCAGCCAGUGCAAGGCAGGUGUUUCUCCUGGGAAAAACAGAAAGUAGGGAAGCAGUAACAGCUAAACAGGCUUUGCCAAGCACAGAGGGGAAAAGUUGUACCUUUCCUGGAGUGUUGAAGGUAAAGUGAAAUAGUCCUUAAAAUGUGUAUUUUUUAAUACAGGUGUUAACCCCCCCAACUCUUAGGACUUUAAGACAUCUGCAGAAUUUAUGUGUUGCCUUAAAUUUACCAAUACAUGUGUGCUGAGAGCCCCUUGUAAGUGUCGGGGCUGCACUGGGGGCUCCUCUCCCCAGCUGCAGGGCCUGAUCCUGCUCACAGGCUCCAGGGUCUGCUCUGGCUCUUGCAAAGCAACAGGGCAGCCCCAGCACGAGGUUUUGGUGGAGCUACAAGGGUUUCUUCUGCUGCCUCGUGUGACCCAGACUGCCAUGUGCUUUAAUUAGGGGUAUCGUUAGGAUCCUUUUUUUGCCUGGCCAGGACUUGGCUGCUGCAAAGCCCUUUGCUGUAUCUGGGUGCACGGAGGAUCGCCAGCCAUUGUGUUAUGGUGGCUUAAUGAGUUUCUGCCAAUUAACAGGAGUCAAGGGUUUCCUGUGAGGGGAGAGCUGGAAACCUGUUAGCCUCAAAGCUGGAGGUUGCUCUGUUUUCAGUGCAAGAGGGGCAAUAUUCCUAGGGAUUUUGUAUUUAAGUGUAUUCCCAAUGUGUUGGCCUGCACAUCAGACUUAAAAAACUAAGUACAUUUGGUCUUUAUCAAAAAACCAAAGCUCCUAAAGUUUUGGAGUUUUUAAUAAGCAAAAGAAAAGCUCUUUCUUUCCCAGUCCACAGGGCCGAGAUGAGCAAGAUACCUGGGAAUUAGCUAGCUUAGCUUUGAUUUUUGGGGGUUUAAAAAGCUGCUUUCAAACUUGAAGGCGACUUGACUGUGCUGUAUUUUAUUUCUAAGCACACUUUCAUGCCACUAAAAUGCAGUAAAGGUCAAGUCUUUUGUGAAGUCUAACUUAAAUUUUGCUUUCAAAAUAAUACGUAUUUUGGAUUCAUGAUGCAUUCGGGCCGUGGGCUUUUACAAGGUGAGAAGAGCGGGGUGAAACAAAUGUGUUGGAGGUCACUUAUCGAGCACUGUCUCUCCAGAAGGGAUCCAAAAAACAGAUCUAAAACCCCAUGAAUGGGAUUUCCAGCAACAGUCCCAAACUCCCUGCGUUUUGUUUCAACCCCAGCUUUGUGUCGGGUCCCACUAAGUGACCCGUGGGACCAGCAGCAGCAUCGGGCUUGGGAGCAUCGUGGUGUUGGUGGGCGGCAAUGUGACUGUGGACUCUGGGGGAAGGCGGAGGGAAGGACCAUCCUUCUUGGGCUGCUGGAGGUUAUUUUACCAACUAUGCUGUUUACCCUGUACUUUUUUUUUUAAUCUCACUUCUUGUGUUGCUGUGUGUGUUUGAGCUGUCUGGAUGUGGGCGAAACCCAGGGGUGAGCCUUCACCUGCAGGUUUUUGGUGGUGAGGCAGAGGACCCACUGGAUGUAGCUGCCUUUCCAGGGCACCCUGCUCUGGUGUGAUAUUUCAUGUGAUCCCACUAUAAAUUAUUAUUGAGGAGCGAGCGGAACAACCUCCCCAAACGAGAGUGGUGCCUCACUUGCUGCUUUUUUUAUUCCCUGCUCCCCCCCCCCCGCCCCAUUUUUCCCAUUUCAGGCAUGAUUAGGCAUCACCAUUCAGUUGUAUGUUGUAUCUGCUUCAAGUCAAUAAAACCUUAUUGUGCCUCCAUCCCAACACCCCCUGAACCUCCUCUCCUCCCAGAAGUCACCCUCUUAACAUUCAUCUUCUACAGGCGUCCAAAUAAUCAAUUAUUCCCAAGGAAAGAUGGGGUGUGUGGGGGGAGCACAACAAAAAAAAAAAAAAAACCCCAAACCCAAAAUAUGGCCCUUAUUCCUUAAUCUCACUGGAUAGAGUUACACAUCUGGUAGAGGCUUGUUCGUUGUUGCUAUUACUUUUAUUGCGUCUUUAGCAGUGAUGAAGUUCAGAUGGCAGAACCAGUGGGCCCCAAUUUAAUUUCGUCUGGCCUCCCGUAAUGAGCACGAUGUGAUCCCUGGGAAAUGCUGGCUCGGCCGUGGUUCCAGCGGGCAGAUGCUCGCGUGCCGUGGUGAUGGGCAGAAGUGGUGCGGACAGACAGCUGGACAGGCAAAACCCCACAGCGAGGCAGGGGGAAAAAAGGAGAAAUCUGGAAAUAGGGAUGCUAACGGGUGGGUGGAGGUGUCUGUGCUGGGUAAGCAUCAAAUACUGCAGUUAGAUGGACGGAUGGACAGAUAGCUUUUCCUGUCAAAACCCAGAAGCAAGAUCACGAGGUGGAUUUCCCCCUUUUUUGGUGGCCGGGGUAUGUGUGCCAUGAUGUUUUCCAAGGUUGCUCUAGCCCUGAUGGCUCUUCCCUGGUGAUUUUCAGGACCCCCUGGGUUUCCAGUGGCGAUGUAUAGAAGCUCCCACCUCUCCCCCAGUGUCUGCAAAUGCAUGUGUCUAAGGGCUAUACAGGAUUCAUUUACGGGCCUCCCGUUGGUGGGAUAUGUGCAUGCAAAAUGAAGGUUGUAUUUGGCUUCUAAUAUUCAGAUCUAUAUUCCAUAUUGUGUUGACCAAGAAGAACAACUCAGCCCCCGUGCUGAUGGACUGAUUGUGAUGGACUGAUGACGUUCAGAAACAUACUGUAAAUCAAGGAGGCUAAUAAAUACUUGCUAUUAAUAAAACAGGGCUACUGCCUUUCAAGUUA